AUGUUUAAUCGGCCAUGGUAUAGGAUAUUGCCUACGGUAAAACCUAUCCGGAUUUUCAGAUCACAAAGCUUUGCAACCACCACCACCACCACUACUAAGCGUUUAGCGCCACCACCAACUGUCCAUCAUUGCUCAAGGAUUCUUCGACGAAUCGGACUUGGAGCAAUUAUUGUUACUGCCACUGGAGGUACAAUUUACAUCAUUGAUCGGGAAUACAACUCCAGUCUUGCUGCUAGAACUGUACGGGCAUUGUAUGUGCUUCUUUGGAUUGCUUAUGAGUAUGGAUUCAAUAGUAGCAACUAUCAUGAUUUGAAUGACUUGCAUGAGGUUGCUAGUGAGAGAUUGCUACAACUAUUGACCACAAACAAAGGACUUUAUAUAAAACUAGGACAAGCAAUUGCCAACCAAGGUAGUUUAUUCCCCAAGGCGUAUCAAAAGAGAUUUCCACAAUUGUACGACGAUGCACCAACUGAUGCAUGGUACCAGGUUGACGCUGUUUUAAAGCUGAAUUUUGGUAUGAAUUAUCAAGAGGAAUAUUUUGACUGGAUUGAUCAAACCCCAAUAGGAAGUGCUUCCAUUGCUCAGGUGCAUAAAGCAAAAUUAAAUGACAAGUUGGGAGGACAAGAAGUGGCGUUAAAAGUGCAGCACCAUUACAUCAGUAAUCAGGUUGUGGUUGAUUUGUGGGUUUAUUUCUUUAUAUCACGCGUUUAUGAAAAAGUGUUUGAUAUACCUUUGACCAUGUUUAGCAAGUAUAUAUCUGAGCAGUUGAGCACCGAAACGGAUUUCGUGCAUGAGAUGCAAAAUGCUCGCAAAUUGCAAAGCUUGAUUGACGGUGAUCCCGAAUUGAAAAAUAUGAACUUGAAAAUACCCAGCAACUAUCCUGAGUUAACUACAAAGCAAGUACUUCCGGCUGAAUGGAUUGAUGGUGUUUCAUUGACAAAGAAAGAGGAAUUACUUGAAAAGAAAUACAACCUCGCGUUAAUGAUGACACAGUAUAUUAAACUUUUUGGAAGACAAAUCUUCAAAUAUGGGUUUGUUCAUUCUGACCCGCAUCCAGGAAAUUUGAUUGCUCGAAUCAAUGAUAAGGGGAAACAAGAACUUGUGCUUCUCGAUCAUGGACUAUAUACUACUCUACCCGAGAAGUUCAGACUACAAUACAAUCAACUUUGGAAGGACUUGUUUUUGCUCAAUACAAAUGGAAUUCAAGAAAUUGCUCUUGACUGGGGGAUAGCAUCGCCGGAUAUUUUUGCAACAUUGGUACAAUUACGUCCCGUGAGAAUGAUGGACAAAUCGAAAAGAAACGAAAAAGACACGCGUGACAUUUCCGAUUUGUUCAAGGAUUUCAUUGGCGACCGACUGAAGUUCCCCAAGGAAUUGACGUUUGUGACGAGGACAAUGAGAAUGAUUCAGAGCCUUAAUCGUGAGUAUGGAUCACCGGUAAAUAGGAUCAAUUUGUUGACUACUGAAGCAAUAACUGCCAUAUCGACAGAGAAAACCAUUAGUUGGUCUGAUUACUGGGAUGUGUUUAGGAUCAAGUUGAGCAUGAUCUUUUCGGGUGUAAUUUUCCGGUUGAUUAGAUUUAGACAAUGGGUGUCUGGCAGCAAAAAUGAAAAGAAUCAGGGAUUAGAGGAUUAUAUUGAGAUGUACAUGGAAAACACGGCAAAGUCAUUAGGUAUAGAGUGGAUGUAG